AUGCAAAUCCAGUUACAAAUCACUGGCGCUCCUCAAGUUGGGAACACAUAUGCCGCUACUCUUCACCACCAAAUGGCGUAUAGGGUGCAAAACCAUGCAAUGGACUUGAGUCUCCCAUGUGACACAGAAGAUGCACUGCUCAUACAAUUGGAGUCACAACACAGUCCAUCAUGCAUCCAUAUACCAAGAAAAAUCCCUAAAGAUGAGCUGAUCAAGCUAUUUCCGGAGUCAUGGGUAACCAAUUAUGAAAAACUUCAUGAAAACAACACUCCGAUACAAUCGGUAGACUCCUCUAUCAGUAGAAGAAAAGAUGGAGCCAUCCAGAUAGAGUUCAAACAACACGGCAGUACAAGUUCUCGACCUCCAGCCUUUUGUACGAAAAUCAAUACGAUCUCACCACCUGAAGAGCCUCCAUCUCUAGAAAAUCCGUACCUACCAGGAGUUUCAAUCGAAUCCUUCAAUUCUCUUGGAGACCCUAUCUAUUCAUUCGAAGAUAACACAGGACACAACUUCCUUGAUGUUUGUGACUGUCCAAACUGCUUGAUGAAUGAGUCGGAUGAAGAUGAUACUCCAAAACGAAGGAAACAAAAAAAAAGUCAUCUCAACAGAAGCUCAGGGAACGAUAUGAGUCAGGAGACCCAGAACUCCAACAACUCCUGA